AUGCGAUUCUCCGCCGUUGCUGCUGCCUUGGCAGUAUCGCCUGCUCUUGUCGCUGCGGCCAAGGGCACCAUGGGAUUCGCCCUCGGCACGAAACUUCCAAGCGGCGAGUGCAAGAGCCAGCAAGACUAUGCUGAUGACUUUGACGCUAUCAAGAGCGAAUCUGGCGCCACCAUUGUUCGUAGUUAUGCCGCUUCUGACUGCAACAUGGCAAAGAACUGCUUGCCAGCCGCCAAGGCCAAGGGUAUCAAGGUCGUUCUUGGUAUCUGGCCCGAUGUCGAGGAGUCCUUCAACAAGGACCUCAAGGCCAUCACCGACGUUGCUCAGCAGUACUCCGACACCAUCUACGCUGUGACUGUCGGCUCCGAGACACUUUACCGUCAAAAUUUCACCGGUGAGGAGCUCAAGGACAAGAUCAACAUCGUCAAAUCUCAGCUGCCCGAAGGCAUGAAGAUCGGAACUGCCGACUCAUGGGACAGGUUUGCCGACGGAACUGCUAACCCUAUCAUUGGAGUCGUCGAUAUCAUCUUGAUCAACGCUUUCGCUUUCUGGCAGGGAGCAGACAAGGAUAACGCCACCCACGUUUACUUGGACGACAUGUACCAGGCCAUCACUCACAUCGAGAAGAUGGCCGGUGGCGCCGAUAAGGUUCCUGAAUUAUGGAACGGUGAGACUGGUUGGCCCACUGCUGUCGGUACCGACUAUGAUGACGCCAAGGGUGGACUUGAGAACGCCGAACACUUCUACAAGCACGGAUUCUGCGUUCUGGUCGACUACGGCUUCAACGCUUUCUACUUUGAGGCUUUCGACGAGCUUUGGAAGCCAGAUUCCGUUGGUAAGAACGGCAAGGUUGCCGACGAGACUGCCUGGGGUGCCAUGGAUGCCCACAGGAAGGCCAAGUUCUCUCUCCAGUGCUAG